AUGCUGUUCCCGACGCUCGCCAUCCUGGCGACGCUUCACAGCGCGUCGGCCUUCUUCGUGGGCAUUCACCCUCUUGUCUCGUCGCGCAUGGACCCCAUUGUCAACCCGGGCGGUAUCAGCGGCCACACGCACCAGAUCCACGGCGCCAACAACUUUCGCAGCGUUCUCAACUCGCCCGACGAGCUCUUGAAGGCCGACUGCACGACGGCGUCGAUUUCAGUCGACAAGUCCAACUACUGGGUGCCCAUGAUCUACUUUAUCAACGACGAGGGAAAGUACGAGCCGCUCAUGUCCAACGGCGGCCGUGCGUACUACUUUACGCGUUCCGACAAGACCCAACCGUUCCCCCCAGGCUUCCGCAUGCUGGCCGGCGAGGCCGGCAGCCGUGACAUUUACCGUCCUCAGAUGGCCUCGCAUGCUCUCGGAUACACGUGUGACCAGCAGAACACGGACGACAACAGGCCAUACCUCCCCAACGCCACUUCCUUCCCCGGCGGCUGCAAACAGGUCAUGCUCACGGUCACGUUCCCCUCGUGUGGUUGGGCCAACCAGUCGCUCGACUCGAGCGACCACCAGGCCCACAUCACCUACCCCAUCGACGUUGGAGGUGGGGUGACCUGGAUGAACCCGUUUGCCGGCACCAACUGCCCGGCCUCGCACCCGAUCAAGUACCCCAACAUGCACCUGGAAAUCUACUUUAAGCUGUCCGACCGCCAAAAGUCCAUGUGGUCGUCGAGCGGCACGGUCAACCGUCUGAUCCUCGCCACGGGAGACACGCUCGGAACCACCAGCCACGGCGACUAUGUCUUUGGUUGGGAAGCCGACCCGUUCAAGGAGGCUAUCACCCAGUGCUUGACCGAAGACGACGCCGGCGACUGCGGGCCCCUCAAGCAGUACUUUGACGUCACCAAAGGUCGCAACUGCCGUUUCGCCGGCAUGAUCCCCGACGAGGACGUGGGCUAUGGCGGUGCCCUGUCCGACCUGCCUGGAUGCAACGCUCGGUGGGACCUGUCUGCCGGCGACGACAAGCCCAAGAACUGCAACAAGGGCGUCACGCCCGGCUGGACCGCGCCCAACGCCAUCUUCCAGACCUCGGCACGCUACCCCGUCCCCGUCGCCAUCGACUUUGGCAGCACGGCCAUGAGCGCGUACGACCACUCGGCGUGGGGCGACGAGGCCUACUUUGAGCCCUACGACAACCAGACCUACUGCUGCGGCGCCGUCGCGCCCAACCUCGGCAAGUGGAACACGGGCACCGCCGCCGACAUUGCAGACAACAAGGACGCCACGACGGCAAAGAACAAGGUCGACUCGGUCUUUGGCCAGUCGGACUCGUCGGCGUUUGACACUUGGACCCCCGGCGCCGUCGUCGCUGCCGCCGACUAUGACAUCAACGAGGGCCUCCCGUCCACCAGGUGGCACCCGAACGGCAUCGCUCCCUCGCCCCCUCCCGACGCGUGGUUUGCCACCGUCGGCGUCCUCCAGGGCGGAGACGGCAGCCAGGCCAACGGGUCUGCCGGCGGCGGCGGCGGCGGCGCCGACGUCGUCACGUCUGCUGCUGCGCCGGCGUCCACUGGACCAGCCAACGAGACGGGCGGUUCCAGUGCCCCGAUGGCUGCCGCCUCUGCCACCUCGGGAUCCGACGCCGCACCCACCGCCAGCGCCAGCGUUCCGGGCAAGGGCCUCGCUGCGGUCCCCGAUCCGUCCGCCGUCGACUCGACCGUCCCUGCCGACUCGACCGGAGCAGCCACUGGAGCGGCCUCGGCAGACCUCGGUGCGGCCACUGAAGCCUCGUCGCCUGGAGCGUCGACCGCGAACGGAACCGACCCCGUCCCCACGCCUGGUGUCGCUACGCCCGGUGUCGCCGACAACAACAGCACGGCCGCGACUCCCGGUGUCGCUGGAAACAACACGGUCCCGACUCCCGGUGUCGCUGGCAACGGCACGGCCGCGGGCAACGGCACCGCCUCUGCCGCGUCGCCGACGCCCACCAAGAAGAAGUGCAUGCGCCGCCGUUCGCGCAUCCACGGCAACGUCUGA